AAAGGUUGGCCAUCGCGGUGCAUUGUGGGGAGAAGUACAAAGCAGUGGGUGAGGGACCAAAAAAAUAGGUGUCAGCCCCAAAUUUUUAUGUUUCUUCCCCAUAUGUUGGGCUGGUAGAGCCGUAAUUUGCUCCAGACAUACGGUAAACAUAGUUGGCUCGGCAGCUUGCAGUAGGGAGGGCCAUUUCCCCAAGAUUAGCUAGUUUUUCCAGUCUCAUCGCGCGUCGGGAGCAGACGGAAUUCGCGGAAGAAGAAGCCAACAUGAUUCCGUGCCAGGUGGUUGUACUGGUGCUGAUGUUGUCGGCAGGACCUGCGGUUCACGGACAGGGCGGUACGGAGACUACGCCCGCCCCACAGCCACCUCAGCCCGUAGCUACCCAGCCGCCGCCAGCAGGCAGCCCUACAUGUACAGCCGAUGACUUCCACUAUGAGUACACAGAGUGUGACAGCGGUGGAGGCAGGUGGAGAGUGCUGGUGCCUAACGUAGGCAACACAUGUACAGGACCCCCUCCUGCAGACGCACCCAAACGGGGCAAGGAGUGUUCGUUCUCCUGCGGAGCUGGUGAGUUUUUCAGCAUCGACCAGCAGACAUGUCAGCGCUGCCCCCCUGGUACCUACUCCCUGGGAGGGGGGGUCCUGUUCGACCACUGGGAGGCCCUCCCAGGGGGGUUCACCACCACGGCUGAGAUUGGGGACUACAGCUACUCCAGUAAAACAAACUGUUCAGAAGUAACCUGGGAGCCUAAGGGUGACUUUAUCGCGUCAGGGAGCGGAGACUGCACCACAACGCUGGUGUACGCUGCCAACUUGAAGAAGGCAGGGAAAGUCACCUUCACAUACCAGUACAUUGAUGACAACACCAUCUUCCACGUCUAUGUCCAGAAUGAGCAGUGCCAAACUGUGAUGGACUCUGACACCAACAAGUGGCCUGACACCACCGAGGAGGGGAAAUGGAACGAGGAAUCAAUUGACCUGACCUCAGGUAACAACGUCAUCUACUGGAAAACCACUGGUCUGUCGUUUGGGAACGAAAGGAAGCCAAAGCCAGUUUUCAUCAAGAAAAUAACCAUUGAAGGUGUUGCGUACACAUCAGAGUGCACCAAGUGUCCCCCCGGCACUUACACCGACCAGCCUGGGCAGUCAGAAUGUGCAAAAUGUCCGCGUAACCAGCAUGCGGAACAUGAGGGUUCAGAUGAAUGUGUAGCCUGUAAUGCCACUGAGUAUGCAGAGGCUGGUGCAGCACAGUGUACCCCGAUGCCACCAUGUAAAGCCCAGGACUACUUUCAGACACACACUCCAUGUGAUGAGAACAAGCAGACCCAGCUGAUGUACAAGUGGAUUGAACCAAAGAUCUGCCGCGAUGACAUCAACGGAGCCGUCAAGCUGCCAGCGUCAGGAGCCAAGGAGCCGUGUCCGCCCUGUAACCCCGGCAUGGCCUUCCCUAACCAGACAGCAACCGUCUGCGAGUUCUGCCCCGCAAACCAGUUCUCUGAGGGGGAACAAUCUUGUCAGAACUGUCCCCCAAACACGGAGCCUAACUACAGCCACCAGUACAAGUGGUGGAACAGCCUCCCAGCCAGCAUGGAGAUGACCUGUAUCAGUGUGCACGUCCGUGGCUGUGCGUCCACCCGGGGCUGGGAGCUGGCCGGCGAUCACAUCCACUCUGGGGUUGGGAAUGCCGACGAUGCGUAUCUCGUACUGGCGCUGCGCACGGAGGGAUACCGUGACCAGAUCCCGGGGUCGACUGGCGAGUUUGGCCGCAUCACCUUCGUGUUUGACACUGUCUGUGAGUCUGAGUGUCAGCUCUUCUUCAUGCAGGAAAUUGAGGGACGGGGCACCAAGGUCAUAGAAAGUUGGAGUGGUGGCCAAAGCAAGCAGCAGUACAGUUUCGUGAUCACGGCGCAGGACGCCAUGACCUUCACCUGGGCGUUCCAGAAGACAGACGAGGUGUUCGGGGAGAACCAACAAAACUUCCCCAGCUACAUGGCGCGUAUCUACAUGAUCAAUGUGACCAACACAGUGGACGGAGGAGCAUCAUCCUGCACCGCCUGUCCUCAGGGCAGUAAGAACGCCAGGUGCAUCCCUUGUAAGAGGGGCUUUUUUGCCAACCCAGACACCAACACAUGUGAGCAGUGUCCCAAAGGAACGUACCUGAACUUCGGUGCUGAUGAUGGCCCCUGUGUGCCCUGUAGUGAGGGAACCACCAGCAAUGAAGACAGAACAGCCUGCUACAGUGACUGCACCUACACUGAUGCACAAGGGCACAAGUUUGACUUGACAGGGCUGAAAGGGUUCCACACAGUGCAGUCUGCCCCAACCUUCACGGCGAUGGGUACACGGUACUACUACCAGUUCAACAUCUCUCUGUGUGGGAACAAUGGGAUCGGAGAGGCCUCGUGUUUGGACAACAUCACAUCUGUGGAGGGACAGGGCGGCAGGCCUGGAGAGGUUGGAGAUGUGGUGAAAGGCAUGGUGUGUCGAUCCACCAUCAUCCCUACCAACAACAAGGGCAUCGCUCAGGUCAUCUCUGCACAGCCUGACAGUCUGGGAGAUCGCCUGCUGAACGUGACCCUGUCUGGCGUCAACAACACGGGAACAGCGAUGUCUGAGAUGGUCGACCUGUUUGAUCCGGAGAAGGACGGCAUCCACGAUCUCAUGUUCGAGUUCCAGUCAGAAAAGUCCACCAUGGCCUGCCCUGAAGGCCGGCGGACGCUUAUCUACCUGCGCUGUGACUACACCCAAACGGACGAAGGGAAGAUAGAACUCCCACGGGGCUGUCCUACAGGCACUUGUACAGGGUGUGACUUCCACUUCCUGUGGCACACGCGGCAGGCCUGUCCCCUGUGUACUGAGGAGGACUACCAAAGCAUCGAGGGGCAGUGUAAGGAUGGGAAACAGGUCACCCAGUUCCUCUGGACACAGACAGAGUACAGGACCUGUCGUGAUGGUGUGGCCCUUCCACAGACACAGACUAAGAAGUGCCAUGUUCUCUCCAUCAGGGACCCUAUGGUCCAGAUUGGUGUAGGCCUGGCCACCUGCUGCUCCAUCCUGCUGGUCUGUAUGCUGGUCUACUUCUGGAGGAAGAACAGGAAACUGGAGUACAAGUACAUGCGGCUGAUGCAGAACUCCUCCAAGCCGGGAGAACUCCCCAAGGUGGAGUCCUGCGUGGAUGAUGGGGAGGACGAGGAUGAGGUCAUCUUCAACGAGGGCGGGAACUCGGCGUCCACGCUGUUCAACAAGUUCAAGAACAAGAUGCAGUCCAAGAUGGCGGGAGAGGGAGACAACCCAUUUGAGUCAAUCCAGCUGACACCAAAACAACAGCUCUCCAACAUAUGAGAACCCCCUAUCAACAAGAUUCACCCCCUGACAAUAAAGACCCCCCUUAACUACUGCUGCUACUACAGCUGGAUCCCUACUUCAAUGACACAGCGUCAUCCCCUCCAAAUUUGCAAUGUUUCUGCUCCCUUUCCAAAUCAAGUCCCUCAAUUUAAAAUUUCAGUGGGAAAAUUUGAAAACAUGUCCUUUCUACAUAGAAUCCAAUGGAACAAAUGAAAUUGUUGAUGAUCAUUUACACAGUAUGUGUAGCUAGAUAGCAAGAUUUUAUGUAAAGUACUAUUAGGUAGCUCCAGGGUACAUUCCUUAUGUGUCUUGCUUCAAGAAAAAAAACAUUCUUUUUAAGCAUUCUUGCCUUUUUGAAAAUGCAUUUUUGUUCCUCAUGCCCCAGUUAAAACUCCUCUUCCAAAGCUGGUAGGAAUAUUUUGACUUCUUGAUUUUCUAGGACUGUGCAAUGGUGAGAUUAUAAUUUCUUGAAACAAUCAUAUCAUUUGUUGGCUGCAAGAUUUUUAAAUAUUUUUUGUUGGUUAGAAUUCUUUCAAAAAAUCACGUCUUGCUGCUGAUAUCUUUGUUUCUCAGUUGCAUGAAUGAAAAUUCUUCCAGGAAAAAUAAUAACACAUCAGAAAGUACACAUAAUAAAACAGGGAAAGACGAAGACAACACACACUGUCAAUCACAGUAAGUUUUCUUCUCAUACAGGUUGCAUUUCUGAUGUGUUUUGAGAGAAUGUACUGACAGAAUGAUUUCUCUUUGAUAGAAUUAAUAGAUUGUCCCCACACAGUAAUAGUUAACAUUGUGUAAUGUAGCUUGCUUGUGUCUCAAGGUUGGACAUAUAUAUAUUAUGAUCUUUUCAGUCAUUCCAUAAGAAAAGUGUCAGGGACAUAGUCAUUGUAACAAGGAUAUUGUUAAUUUUUUGAUUAUGAGAUGUCAUGUAUAUGUAUAUCUUAGAACAUUGGUGAAUGGAUCUGUAUAAUGUAUAUAUUUUGCAUGGUCAUAUGAUUAUUUGACCACAAGGUAGUUGUUUUUUUAUUUGUAUUUGUCGGGUCUGUAGAUUUGUUACUGACAGUGAUUUUGUAUGCAUGGUAUAUUAUGAUUAUGAAUGUAUGCCAGGGCAUGGCACCACUGAUUUCUUGGGUCUUGGUUGUAAAGGAAAUUUAAGUGGAAAAACAAAGUAAUUUAAAUUUCUUUUUUUACAAUUUAAUGUUUUUUGAAAACCAAGAAAAAAUUGACCAGAAUCCAGCCAAAAGUUAUACAUUUAUGAGCAAUAAUAUUCCCUAUUUUUUAAAAUACUUUCAUACAGCCCAAGAACCAAGGAAGCUAAUGGUUUGGCCUUGCCUUUCAGUGAGAUAAUAUUUUGCAUAUCAUUUGUUAAUGUUUUGAUGUUACUUGUAAGGGAGAAUAUCUGGCUACAUUUCUCUAAGGUGACUUUGGUGUUUUGUUGUGAAAUUCUAGAUCUGUACCUUCUAUUUGUGAUUGAGUUGUGCAAUAAGAACUUAGAACUUUGGAAGAUCCAAAAAGAUGCUGAAUUCUAGAUGACUAACAUUCCAGUCAGACAGUCAUGUUACUUGAAAUGUGCAUUAAUUGCUCUUUAAACUUUUUUUUAAAGAAUAAUUUGCAAUAAUGCCAACCACUACAGCCAUACAUGUAUGCCACAUGCUAGAAUAUGUUGUUUUGACUAGGAUUUGUCAUUUCUUGAUUGUGAUAUAAUUCUGCUUGUAGUCUACUAGUAUAUGCAAGAAGUCACAAAAAGUAGUGGAUGCUACUUGAAGUUUUCAAAAUGUAUCCAUUAACUGUGUUCUUGUGAUUCUCUUAACCUUCAUAGACAUUUAAUCGGUUUGAAUCAGCUGUUGUUUUGAAGCAAAUACUAUAUAUCCUGGCUGUUAUUUUGCAAUUUUGAUAUUCAUACAGUUUUGACUUGUAAUUUUAGUUGUGGUAUGCAAUUGCUAUACAAUAUUUGGAAAUAGUGUAACAUGUAAAGUUAUGUUUGUUAACGUGGUUUAUAUUCAAGCAUAGAUAACACAUUCCCUAACUAUGGUAGAUACAGUCACUGCAGUAGUUACCAGGAUUUAAAUGUAUUUAUGGUAUUAAGAUGUUUAUUAAGAAACUUCAGUGUAAACAGAACAUUAACUGGAAGUGUACCAUAUACUGUAUGUCACUCACAUGUAAACUAUUUAAGUACAAUCAUCAGUUUGCACCUUAAGUACAAUCAUUUCCUUACAAAUUUGGAUCCAGAUUAUUUGUUUAAAAUUUGUAUGUUUCUUUCAAACGUCCCAUAUCAGUCCAAAUCAUCAUUGUGAUGAUUAGGCAGUAAUUUCUGGUGUGCUUAAAAUAAAACAAAUGUGGUAUGGUU